AUGCCUGCAUUCCAGACUCUACAAAGUAGCGGUCAGAAACGGAAACAUGGCGGUCAUGACCUCAGCGACGCCACCCGGAAGCGACAGGCCGUGGAGAGCGAUCAAGCGAAUGAGAAGACCGGGGGUCGGUUCUCCAGCGAGCAGUAUUGGAUGGUACAAUGGCGCAACCCUCAAUACAAGAAGCAUAAGACGUGGGAUGGAGACGCCGUGCUAGCGGUAAACGGCGCGAUAUGCACCCUCUACGAUAUGGAUGGCAAAGUGUUUAGCACGGGCAAGCCUCACGGCAUUGAGAGCGUCCGCAGUAUCGCUGAAGGCGUCAACUUCACUGUCGGGAACAAGGAGCUAGAAAUAGAUCGCGCGGUGCAAAGAUCAGAAUUUCUAUCUGGCUCUUGCUUCGGUAACAGUGCUGCUUCGUCCUCACCGGGGCUCCUUAGCACGGGGGCAUCGGGGAAGCAAUUUACUCCGUUGAAGCCGAAGACGAUGAAUGGGUUUAAGGUUCCCACACGGGUCCCCUCUGCAGAUACGAAGCAGGGAGUCCAGCUAGAACCGAUUAAUUUGAUCACUCGUGGUGACGAUCCCCUUGUCAAAGCUCAGGAUCAUUCCCAGGUCUCCUUCUGGAUUGCCAACUGGCGGAAACCUCAACAGAAGAAACACAAAACGUGGGAUGGCGAUGCCUUUGUCGCGCUCCGCUCGGAGAAGCUGACACUGAUAUCAGAGAAGGGCCUCAUUCUCGGAACAAAGAAGUGGGACGGUCUUCCGCUGUAUAGCGGUUACAGCACGUUCAUUGGCAGUAAGGAAGUAGAACUCGACAAUCGCGUCUCAGAGACAGAGCUUCCGAUAAUCAGUGGCUCCUCAAACGAGCCUGCUCUUGAUUUGGAGUCGUCUGAUCCUCCGUCUCCGCCGACGCAUUCAUCCUUCUUGUUGCAGGUGCGGAAAGAGAAUAGCGCAGAGGAGUCGAAGUCGGGUGCGAAUCUCCAGAAGUUCAUUGCUCCUGCCUCUUUCUACGGAAAAACGGCCCCCAAACCGAAGCCGAAGGGCCCGCUGCAUGACCCGAGCGCCGAGGGGGCUGUCGUCAUGAAGGCGCCCACGAAGGAGCAUGCCGCGAAGUUCAACAAGAAGAAUCUGCCCAUGGUGGAUGUGGUGAUCGACCCGAUCCUUGCUAGGCGUCUUCGACCACAUCAAGUAGAGGGAGUAAAGUUCAUGUAUGAAUGCGUGAUGGGGCUACGAAAACACGAGGGUAACGGCUGCAUCCUUGCUGACGAAAUGGGCAUGGGGAAGACGUUGCAGGCUCAUCGCGCCCUUAUAGAGCAAAAUCCAUACGCGGGUGCCGGCCCUGUCGUCGGAAAGAUCCUCAUUGUUUGUCCUGUGACCCUGAUCAACAAUUGGAAGAAUGAGGUUCAUAAAUGGCUCGGAAAGGAUAGGGUAGGCGUCUUUGUAGGAGACAAGGACAAAGCCGCCAUCAAACAAUUCAUCAACUCGAGGAUACAUCAAGUCAUGGUGAUUGGCUACGAGCGACUUCGUACUGUCAUCCCACCUAUAGGAUUGAUCGUCUGCGAUGAGGGCCAUAGGCUCAAGUCAGCCAACAACAAAACCUCCACGAUGUUCGAGGCGCUCCGGACUCCCCGGAGAAUUAUCCUUUCUGGGACGCCUAUACAGAACGAUCUAAGCGAAUUCCAUGCCAUGGUGGUGUAUUUUCUCGUGAUGACUUUCCGAGCGCUCAUUGAUGCAUAUUAUUUCCCUAUUCAGGCUGAUUUCUGCAACCCAGGUCUGUUAGAUGAUUACAACACCUUCCGCCGUGUCUAUGAGACGCCCAUCCUGAAGAGCCGAGCGCCCGGGUGUUCUGCCAAAGAAACGGAACUCGGGGAGGCGCGAUCUGCACAAUUAUCGGCCAUAGCCCGGAGCUUCGUGCUGAGAAGAGAGGCUACGAUCUUAAAAAAGUAUCUGCCCCCGAAGCAUGAAUAUGUCGUGUUUGUCACCCCAACGAAGCUACAGUUGUCCAUAUUCAACAAGAUACUUACGGCUGACAAGCUGGACAACCUCGUCCGCAACUCAACAGCAGAGUCGCUUGCACUGAUCAAUUUGUUGACGAAGAUCAGCAACAGCCCAAUCUUGCUAAAAGCGACGCUUGAUCGGGCGAAAAAUAAGGGCGACCAGAGCGGAGACAUGAUCAAACGGAAUGUAGUCCAAGAGGCUAUCAAGCUACUGCCAGAACACGCGCGCGUAGAGGAUGUGUCUCUCAGCGGCAAGUUGACUGCUCUGGCCCAUCUGCUUCGCACGUUGCGAAAAGAAACCGACGAGAAAUGCAUCAUUGUGUCGCAUUAUACUUCGACCCUGAACAUCGUCGAGGCAUUCUGCAAGAAGCAAUCGUAUACGUACCAUCGCCUCGAUGGGCAGACACCCGCGCAGAAGAGGCAGGAAUACGUCAACGAGUUCAACAGGACACCUCAGGCAAAGCGGUUCCUCUUUUUGCUGAGCUCGAAAGCCGGUGGCGUUGGCCUGAAUCUCAUCGGAGCUUCCAGACUCUGCUUGAUUGACUCAGACUGGAACCCCAGUCAUGACCUGCAGUCAAUGGCUCGCAUUCACAGGGAUGGACAGAAGCGUCCAGUCUUCAUCUACAGAUUCCUAACGACUGAGAAAAUCUAUCAACGGCAGGUGACCAAGUUGGGACUGAGCGACUCGUAUGGGAGCUCAGAGUCGAAGCUUGACUCGUUCACUCGAAAAGAUUUGCGCGACAUUUUCACCAUUCAUCCUGAUACGGCCUGCCAUACACACGACCUCCUCGAGUGCCCAUGCGAAAUGGCAGAUGGCCAACAUGCGCGAACAGAGGACAGUGAGUCCAGAGCAAGCCAUGAAGAGGCCGGUGACACAGAAGAAGAGAGCGAGGAAGAUGCACCCGUGAAGUUUGUCAGCGCGUCCCAAAUCAACCCAGAACAAAUUAACAAGAUGGACCGGGCGUACAUGAAACAGAAGAAGGCACAGCUUGCAGCGCUUGGUGCUUGGACGCACAUCAACUGUCUCAAGCGUGGGGCAGCGGGGAAAGUCCAUGACGAGGUUCUAGCGGAAAUGCUCUAUAAUCCGGACGCGAAGAAGUCCGGAGCUGCAGACCCUCAUCAAUCGCGGCUCAACAAUCUGCUCGAGGCAGUCGACCUCGAGAAUGUGCUCGCGGCGAGUAGUCCCUCCUUCAGUGUUGACGAAGUCCCGGGAGGCACUGUCUCGUUCUUGUUCGAAAGAGGAUCGAAGGCAGCGGUCGACGACGAGGCUGAUGGUGAGGCCGCUUAG